AUGAGCGAGUUGGGCAAGGAUGAAGAUGAGAUGGAGAGAAUCGACCUCGACACUGCUCCGGUCCCUGUGUUGGAGCUGAUACCGAUAUCCGCGACUCCAGCCACGAAUGCGAAAGGAAAUCGGAACGGGAGUGGCUUUGUGCCGCUGGUUACCGUCGUGGACUUCCAUCAUGCGAGAGGCCCAGAGGUCGAGAGCUGGUUCGGGGUUCCCGAAGGCGUGGAUCCAGCUGUUGAGAACGAGUGGCCUCUUCUGCCAUUCAUGGCCUUGAGCGACGGCGCGCAUGCUUCUACGGAAGACUUCUCCUACUUCACCCUUCUCCGCCCUGCGCACCCAGACUCCAACCUCCCCGCGACCUCCCUCUUCGGCAUCUCCUGCACGCGCCAGCUCGACUCAUCCUCGCUGCUCAACCGUCCCGCGGACGUGACGCGCUCCACGGUACAGAAGGCCGUGGUCGUGAUAGCCGACACGCCUCAGUUCUUCGGCAUGCUGCGGGAGCGCCUGUCUGUCGUCACGACGGCCUGGUUCGCACAGCGCGAGUUUACCGACACGGAGAUCCUGAAGCGCUUCCAGGAGAGCCUGCAGGAUGAGAAGGAGCGCGGUGUUGGCGCCGGCGAGGAGGAUAGGGAGGAGUAUCUGGGUAUGAGUCUGAGGGAGCUGGUGAGAGAGUUCAGGUGGCAGACGCUGGUGCUGUUCAAGUGCUGCUUGCUGCAGCCAAAGGGGAGUUUGUUUGGUCCUUAUACCCCUUUGCAACAACUCGAUAUUCUUGCCGACUACGGCACGAAAUCAUACAUUGUCGGCUCGACGAACUCAUUACUGCUUCAGCAAAAAGAUCGCUACAGCGAUAUUCUAAUCAAUUUGGACAGCAGUACUAUCAACAUCAGUUCCAGCAGCCUGCGCUCAGCUCUGGCUCUUUCUGUGGCUGAUCGCAGGUGGAUCGACUUCAUUACACAGUCCGUUAACGAUACUUGGGAUGGCGCCAACCCUGGGCGUCCCAAAACAAUGGGCUACGUCGGUUCAGAGGAAUUCAUUCGCCUGCAAUUUGAAGAAUACCUCCUUUCCCUCAUCUCAGCAGUAAAAUGUCACAACUACAUGCAGAACCAUGCCCAUAAUCCCAAAGCUCAUCUCCCCCAGGUCCAAGGCGAUCCUUCACACGACUUCGGCGCCGACUGGAUCGAAGCCUGGUCCCGCUCCGAGAACUACCGCAUCUGGGACCGCUACACAGACUCGCAUCUCUUCGACGUCGUCGAGCCCAAGCAUCCCUGCGCAGGCGGUCUUACCAUCGAAGACGUGCAGCGUAGGAUGAUGGAGCAAGUCAAGGAGUACCACCUUGACGAGCGCUUUGCGACCGGCAAGGAAGUCCUCGGCCGUAACCUGCAAGCCGGUAAAGAAAAGGCAAGUACGGUGUUUAACAAGCUGUACGCGGAUAUGGAAGCGUUACGUGAAGCCCAGCGCAAGAAAUACGAAGAAGCGCAACGUAACGGGACAGCACCGCAGCCCAGCAGUCCAAGGCUCGCGGCACCGGAUCUGAAUGGGGCGAAGCAGACGGUACAGAGCGUGGGGAGUAAAGCCGGGGCGUACAUUGGGAGCUGGGGGACGUGGGUGGGGGAGAAGCGGAAGACGGGGUGGGGGCGCGGCCCUUCUACCACUGCUAGCGCUCACAUCCAAGCCCAGAAUCAGGCGAAAGAGAACGCGGUCAAGGAAAAAAGUCCUCUGGGGGAAGAUGACAGGCCCAAGACGGGAGAGAGCUACGAGGAGAGCCUCUUUGACGCGGAGCAGCAUGAUAUCACGCCGCGGGAUAUCACACCGCGGGAUAUCACACCGCGGGAUAUUACGCCGCGGGACAUUACGCCGCGGGACAUUACACCGCGGGAUAUCACGCCGAAAGUAGCCUCUCAACCUAGUACAUUCCGCUUUCACGAGGAGGUUGAGGAUGAUGAUGCGCGUGGUGAUGGUGAUGGUGGUGGUGGUGGUGGGAACACGACGGCUGUAGUGCCUCCGAGCGAGGAGAGUCAGGCCUGGGGCGAGGAGAAGGAGGAUCGGAAGCAGAGAGGUGAUGUGGAUGCCGAGAGGAAGGAGCGCAGCAGUGCCGUUGCGGAAGCGGUGCAGGCUGCUACCCAGACGCCGAUUUCGCCUUGA